AUGACUACAUCCAUCCGGUCCAUCCCGUCUGACAAGAUAAACCUCAGAUUGAUUCUUGUCAGCGGUAAAACUAAAGAAUUCAUAUUUAGCCCUAACGACUCGGCGGGCGAUAUAGCUCAAGCAAUUUUUGAUAAUUGGCCAGAAGAUUGGGCGGACGAAGCAGUCGAAAAAGCCGAGAUCCUCAGACUGAUAUAUCAGGGUCGUUUUUUACACAGCAACGUCACAUUGGGUGCUCUAGGACUUGUGCCAGCUCGUACCACUGUUAUGCAUCUUGUACCAAGGGAAACACUUCCUGAACCUAAUUCACAAGAUCAAAGACAAAAAAGUAAAGGUGCCAGCAGUAGUUGCUGUUCAGCCGCCUGUUCUAUAUUAUGA